AUGGGAUUUCUAUUCAUCCCCCCUAAAAUAACCAGUUUUAACUGUAUUACGUAUUAUACAAACAGUGUACAGUAACGCAAUCCAAAUCCACGUCUUUCAAAUGGAAGAAACCGACGGAUCUCCAGCGCCAAUGGCAGAACCAGUCAACGAAAGACCGAAGAGGAGCAAGAGAAAGUCGUCAAUGGUGGAGACGGACGGGUCCCCAGAGCGCACUUUCAAACGGCCAUCUUUGAGACGAGGAAGCUCUUUCACCUUUCUGACACCUGGACCCCAGUGGGACUUCACACUGAAACGCAAGCGCAGGGAAAAGGAUGAUGCCGAUGCAGUCAGUUUGUGCAGCUUUGACUUCAAGGAACCCUGUACUAAGCGUGUGCGGCCUCUUGGCCGAGUGACCUCGCUGGCGAACCUCAUCUCUCCCGUGAAGAAUGGGGCCGUCCGACGCUUCGGCCAGACCCUCCAGGCCUCAUUCCGGGGUGACGGGCGGUCUCCGGGCGUGCCCCAGCAGAAGCCAUGCAGUAAGGCUGCGGCUCCCACACCACCGAAGCGCCGGAACAGCACGCUCUGGUCAGAGACCCUAGACGUCCACCAGAAAGGAACGUUUUCCACCAAAGAGAUUAAGAGACAAGAGGCAAUUUUUGAGUUGUCUCGAGGAGAACAGGACCUGAUUGAAGACCUGAAGUUAGCCCGAAAGGCGUACCAUGACCCAAUGCUGAAACUUUCUAUUAUGUCUGAAGAGGAGUUAACAGCCAUUUUUGGAGAUUUGGAUGCUUACAUUCCUCUUCAUGAAGAUCUUCUUGCUCAACUGGCAAAGGCCACAGGUACGGAUGGUACGGUGAGACAGAUCGGCAAGAUUGUUGUUGACUGGCUGCCAAGGUUAAAUGCAUACAGAGCAUACUGUAGCAACCAACUAGCUGCCAAAGCCCUGCUCGACCAGAAGAAACAGGACCCAAGAGUUCAGGACUUCCUGCAGCGCUGCCUUGAGUCACCUUUCAGCAGGAAACUAGACUUGUGGAGCUUCCUGGAUAUCCCUCGUUCACGUUUGGUCAAAUACCCCCUUCUUCUGAAAGAGAUUUUAAGACACACACCACCAGAUCACCCAGACAAAGGAAGUCUUGAGCAAGCGAUAAGCGUCAUUCAAGCAGUGCUGGCUGACAUAAACAUGAAGAAAGGGGAGUCAGAAUGUCAAUACUAUAUCGAUAAGCUAGAGUAUUUGGAAGACAAGCAGAAAGACCCACACAUCGAGCAGUGCAAGAGCUUGCUUUGCCAUGGGGAACUUCGCAACAAAAGUGGCACGAAACUGCACGUAUUUCUGUUCACGGAGGUUCUGGUCUUGACACGGCCUGUGACGCGGAAUGACCGCCAUUGCUUCCAGGUGUACCGUCAGCCAAUCCCGGUGCAGGAUCUUGUAUUGGAAGACCUGCAGGAUGGAGACGUCCGCAUGGGAGGAUCAUUCAGAGGAGCCUUUAGUAACGCUGAUAAAGCCAAAAACAUUUUCCGGGUGCGCUUUCAGGAUGCAUCUCAGGGACAGUCACACACACUGCAGGUCAACGAUGUCUUCCACAAGCAACAGUGGCUCAACUGCCUCCGCAAUGCCAUGUCCACCCAGAAGGAUUUGACACUCUCUGAGAAUGAGUCCUUGACCACCCCAACCACCGACUCUUCUUCUGUCUCCACUGUCAUCCAAAUGGAUGAAAUGGAUGAGAACUGUCCACGGGCCGCAGCCUCCGCCCCUUCCUCCCCCAGCUCUGAGGAGCCCCCCAGUCCUACACCAUCUGCCACCUCCACCCUCUCCUCAUCCUCAUCAUCGUCUUCAAUAUCCGCCCCCUUUGCCCCCCGCAAAUCCAAAAAGGACAAGCGUUCGCUCUGCCCAUUGGGCAAGAGGAAGGAGACCAUGGUGUAGAUGGAGUGGCACCAUGUGGAGGACUUGUAUUUAUGUGUGUGUAUGGUUUUUACAGCAGUGUUUCUGUGUUACUGUCCACAAUGGCAGCUAUUACUACCAAAUCCCUCCCCCCCAACAAACCCUCCUUGGUCCACAUGGGCCGCACCAGUACCAGAAAGACAGUAUUUGUGAGGCGACUGUGUGGAUCUCAAGGGAUUGAAGAUUGAAGACGCAUCCCAAUCACUAUGAAACACUUUGUUUUGUGUGAAAGCGCAAGAUCACACAACUUGUCUUGUUUACUGUUAGUUUGGUCGAUUUAUUUUAUUAAUAAUGAUUUUUCUUUUUGUAAUUAAAGUUUAUCUUUUUUUAAACUUCUCAAUAAGAUAUUUACUGUAGCUCUUUUUGUUUUUAUUAAAAGCACUGUGUUUAGCUUUUAGAAGGGAAUACCACCCACUGAGAGGGGAAAAAAUAGACGAAAUAUCCAAAGCAAUGAAAAUUACUGAAUCAAAGCUCUACAGGAAGACAAGUCUUACAAGUACAUUCCCAUUAAACAUUUUUUUUAAUCAGCUCCAUUUUAUAUUUAAAUCAGAAGGUAUAGUUUUUAUCAAAACAAAUGCUGUCAUAUGCUUUAUAAAUUUCCAAUUGGAAAAUUUGCUCUUUUGUUUAUACAAAAAACCCAAAAUCUGAGCCAUAUUUGUUUUCCACCCCCUUAAAAUGAUGGAUGACUUUCAAUGUAGCAUCUUGCAUGGAGCUUUACUUGUUGAGUCCUGCCUGUAUUAUCAUGAGGGCCCAGUGCAUGUACAUGCCUGUCGAAGCAGAAAGUUGAUGUAAAGUGGACUGUCGUGUAAAAAGUUGAAUGAGGGCUAGAGAAAUGUUGAGUUGAGAUUUAGAAGGAAGCUUUGAAUAGAGUUGGAAAUGACUAGAUGGACUUGAUGAUUGACGCUACUUGAUAUUAGCAACCAUCCAUGGAUUUUGGUUUGCUGUUAUUUUUCAUUUCGUAGUGUCUUCAUGAAGUAGGAACGUUUGAAACACUGGUUUAAAAGCCACGAUGUUGUUUUGAGAAGGAAGAUGAAAAGUAUGUUUAGGAGAAUGAACUGUUAAAGAAGGUUAAAGUAUGUUAUGACCACUUCAAAAAAAUGUCUGUAAAAGUUUGUAACCGAGUGGAAUAGAUGUAAAUUAUUCAGAAGGACUGCGGUGUACUGUUUGUACAGUAUGUGGUGUAAAAAUCAACUAUUAAAAGAACAAUAAAGGUCUGUGUAAGAUUUGCAUCUGACAA